CCCCCAUGUACACUACUAACCGCACCAAUCUUCCCUCUUUUCCAUAUAAUAAUACCAAAUAUAUGCACAAUUGUUAACAAACAUUUUUAAAAAUGAUCAGGGAGUUCGUAUAUAUAUAUAUUUCGAAAUAGUAAUCUGAAAUAUAGUUGCAUUAUAUAAUUUUUAUUAUUUCAACGAGAAUUUUAACUUAGUUUACAAUACUUAUCAUUUAGUUACGCAUAACCCAUACAAAUAUUGUGAAUAGUGAUUUGAAAUUCAAUAAUCCGCUGCUCUAUACCAAUCCAUACGUUAUUUCUGUUAAAAAAAGAAACAUACAUUUUACAAAUAUUUUUCCGAAUAUUUAUUCAUUUGUUAAUUAUGCCUUCUGAAAUUUGUCCAAAAUGCCAAAAAGCUGUUUAUGCAGCCGAACGAAAAAUAGCCGGUGGUAAAGCAUGGCAUAGUAUGUGCCUGAAAUGUGGUUUAUGCAAUAAAAUGUUAGACAGUACUACAGUGGCUGAACAUGAAGGAGAAGUUUUUUGUAAAACAUGUCAUGGUCGUAAAUUUGGUCCAAAAGGCUAUGGAUUCGGUGGAGGCUCUGGAGCAUUAAAUAUGGAUACUGGAACUCAUGUUGGCAAUAAAGAAACAGAAAUGUCAAAUAAACCAACAGCUGGUGCAAUGGGUGGCAAAAUUAUAUCUCCCGAAGAAGGUGGUUGCCCACGUUGUGGUAAACGAGUAUAUGAUGCGGAAAAAGCUAUUGGAUGUCCUAGUGGACUCAACUUUCAUAAAGCUUGUUUCCGAUGUAAAGUUUGCGGGAAAUCACUUGAUUCCACUACUUUAUGUACUCAAAAAGAAGAAAAAGAAGUUUAUUGUAAAGCUUGUUAUGGAAAAAAUUUCGGACCGAAAGGUUUCGGUUUCGGACAAGGUGCUGGUGCAUUAAACAUGGGUUGAAAAAAUGCAACAGAAAAAACUUUGAUUCAAUGCAACACUAUUUCUUAUAUCAGCAGUCUCGGUAAAAACAAUCAAACACACAGUUCAUUCAUUCAUUCAUUGAUUCAGUUCAACAUCCUUUUUGUUAUUUAAAAAACCAAUUUUUUUCCGCUUUUUAUUUUCAAUUUUCAUUUUAGUCAAUAGUUAAACUUGUUUGUAAUAACAUGCGAUCACACACACAGUAUUUACUUAUCCUUACUUAUAAACGUUUUCUUUCAAACAAACAAAGGAACAGGUUCCAAAACAAGCAAAUAAACAAUGAUAUUUAUUAAUAAUUAUUUUAAAUUCUAGAGAAUCUUAAUAUUUGAAAAUUAAAUUCUUCUUCUUCUCCACUGGUUUUAAAUAAACAAAACAUAUUCAGUCUAAUGAAUUAUGAUGUUUUUUUCACCUUGUCAAUAUUUAUUGAAUUAUACAUUUAUUUAUACAUAUCAA